AUGGGGGCUCAAAACACGGUAGUGCUAAACAGCUACGAAGUCAUAAAGGAGGCCUUUGUGACCAAGUCAGACAUCUUCAAUGACCGUCCUCGCCAUCUCUCUAGCAUCAAAAAAACCAGCGGAGCGAAAGGUGUGAUUUGGCAAAAUGGUGAAACAUGGAAAGCUCUUCGACGGUUCACGCUGUCCACUUUGAGGGACUUCGGUGUGGGUAAAAACAUUCUCGAGGAGAGAAUCAUGGACGAAGUUGAAGAAGUCACCAAGAUUUUCCUUGCCUCUGAAGGACGUCCUGUGGCCCACCCUAAGGAACCCCUGUCGAAGGCCAUCGCCAAUAUCAUCUCCGCCCUUGUUUUCGGUAACAGAUUCGAGUAUGACGACCCUGAACUUAUCGCCCUGUUGGACAUCAUUGAACAAGCCUUUGCCGCCGGGGCGGCCCAGUACCGCCCAGAGACUUUUCUCCCCUUCCUGAAGUACCUGCCAGUCAACAGUGAGAAAUGGAAGAAAAUCCUAGCAGCUCGUGAUCACAACUACCGCUUCAUCAAAGGACAGAUCGAUAAUCAUCGUAAAACAUACGACAUGAACAACGUUCGGGAUUUCAUUGAUACUUACAUCGCUGUGACGAGUGGACAAAAAGAGGGCCAGAAGUUUGAAGAGGAUGAUAUGUUCCGCUUAAUCCUUGACUUAUACGUGGCUGGCUCCGAAACUACGGCUACAAAUCUGAACUGGUCUGUUCUCUACAUGAUCGCUUACCCAGAGAUUCAGAGGAAAUGCCAAGAAGAAAUUGACAGGGUGAUUGGAAGCCGCCGGGUUAGCAUGAAAGAUCGCGGAUCACUUCCAUAUUUAGAAGCUACACUAAAAGAGAUAGAGCGUUGCUCUUCUAUCGCCACAAUGACUGUUCCACAUCGUGCAAAUAGGGAAACCACACUUGGCGGUUACAAAAUCCCCAAAGACACCAUCGUGCUGUGUAAUCUAUAUGCGGCUUUGAGAGAUCCCAAAUGCUGGGACUUCCCCGACGAGUUUUUCCCAGAGCGGUUCUUGACAGCCGAUGGUAAGCUGGAUCCGAAGAAACAGGAAUACCUCAUUCCCUUCGGUGUCGGUCCCCGGGUUUGCCUAGGGGAAGGUCUGGCCAGAAUCGAGUUGUUCCUCAUCUUCAGCAAUCUUAUACAGAGGUUUAAAUUCACUAAAACGGCAGGAACUCAAGUCGUUGAUGUGAUAGAAGGUACCAAUACAACUACACGGAACCCCAAACCUUACCAAUUGAUCAUCAACAAGAGAUAGAGGGUAGUUAGACCGCGUGGAAAGGAAUGUAAUGCAAAACAUACCUAACUAGCAACUGAAUCGAAAACUGGUAAAGGAAGAAAUGAUGAAAUGUAUAAUUCCCUUGACGACUAACCCUAAAAAUAUUGUAAUUUGCAAGCAGAGCGAUAGAAUAAAGCCACACGAGACCAAUGUACAUGUAGACAAGAUGCACGGAAAAAGGGUAAUACAAACACUAAAAAAUACCAUUACCGUGCUUUAACUGGUGAGCCUGCAAGGUACGACGAUGACGCGAAAAAGACCAAGUGGCGUACUUUUUUUAUUUUUUUUAAUAUGCAAAUUCA